AUGUCAAUUAAAUAUGAUUUUUCGGGUAAAGUAGUACUGAUAACCGGUUCGAGUUCGGGUAUCGGUGCGGCCACUGCCGUCCAAUUUGCCCGAUCGGGUGCCAUGGUUGUAGUCACUGGUAGACGAGCCGUACUGGUGUCCGAAGUGGCCAAACAGUGCCAAAAUGUUUCGCCAAAACAAUUCAAGCCAUUGGAAGUGGUCGGAGAUAUAUCACAGAAACCUGAUUGCAAACGACUGGUUGAGACAACUAUCGGACAUUUUGGUCGAUUGGACGUAUUGGUCAACAAUGCCGCUAUCGGUACUCCCGGUGCGCUUAGUGAUGGUGAUUAUUAUGACAAGUUUGAAGCAGUUAUGCAAUUGAAUUUGAAUACAACUGUUUACUUAACAUAUCUAUCGGUCGAUUAUUUAUCUAAAACUGGGGGAAACAUUGUUAACAUAUCAAGCGGUGCCGGUAUUAGACCCGUUUCAGGUAUGUCAGCCUAUUGUAUGUCUAAGUCAGCUAUGGAUAUGUUUACCUAUUGUUGUGCAUCGGAAUUGGGUCCCAAAAAUCAUAUUAGGGUUAAUGUUAUCAGUCUGGGACCAGUAAAAACAGCUGCAUUUACAACACUGGGUAUGACUAUUGAACAAAAUGAUGCCAUGUUUGACAAUAUGGGUAGCCAUUUACCAGUUGGUCGACCCGGACAACCCCAUGAAAUAGCCGAUACAGUGAUGUAUUUGGCCAGUGACCAUGCCCGAUUUAUUACCGGUGCCCAACUAUGUGUCGAUGGCGGCGGCCUAACUGUCAACGACUAUCUAAUGUGUGAUGCAUUCAAGGAGUUAUAG